GCCUUCUCUGAAUCACAUAUCUCGGUCUGAAUCGCCUUUUCUCGUACUGUGCGAAACAGAUGUAGGGCAAUAGGUUACAUUAUUUUAUCAUGUCAAGUUUUACACUCGCCUAAUGCUCGCUGUAAAUUGAGAAGGAUUCGCGUUGAACGGGUAAGACUACUCGCAAACGACGUGUUGCUCUGUAUUUGCAGUUACCCAUGGAGAAUAUUUUAUUUUUCACCCAUCGUCUUAUAAUUAAUUCCUUAUAAAGUGCUUUCAAUCGGCCAGCUCAGGAGGAGGCUCUGGUGAUGUCACUUCCGCAAUCCAGAUCCGAAUCCUCAUUUUAGCAGUCCCGGUUUUAUAAUUGUUUUGGGUCAAAACUUUUUUUCUCUCUCUCACUUCGUUUUUUGCUCCUACUGGAAUCUGCGUGGAGCUGUCUGUCGUAUUCACGGAACGUCCAGAGCCUGAGGAACGCUGUAAUGAAUGCGGAUCUAGCCUUCUUGGUAAGCUGGGGCGCUUCCAUCCCCAGUGUGAUGCUCGCAGAGGUCCCGCAGUAAGAGACUUGCCAGUGAAUGAAUGAGUCGCUAAAAAUUGUAACUGCUUCGGAACAGAAUGCAGGCACUGGUCAGCGUCCUGGACCUUCUGCUUCUGGUCAUGCUGUCCGGAUUCUAUCCGACGAUGACGGUGAGUCCAAAGGAAGGCUGGCAAGUGUACAGUUCAGCUCAAGAUGCAGACGGCCGGUGUAUUUGCACAGUGGUGGCUCCAGAACAAAAUCUUUGCUCUAGAGAUGCGAAAAGUCGACAGCUUCGUCAGCUGCUGGAGAAGGUGCAGAAUAUGUCACAGUCCAUAGAAGUGCUAAACCUGCGAACACAGAGAGAUUUCCAGUAUGUCUUGAAAAUGGAGAACCAGAUGAAAGGCCUAAAAGCCAAAUUUCGACAAAUUGAGGAUGACCGCAAAACUCUAUUGACAAAGCACUUUCAGGACCUUAAGGAAAAAAUGGACGAACUUCAGCCACUAAUCCCUGUUUUGGAACAGUACAAAACAGAUGCCAAGUUAAUCACACAGUUUAAAGAAGAGAUCAGGAACUUGUCUGCUGUCCUAACAGGAAUUCAGGAAGAGAUUGGUGCAUAUGAUUUUGAGGACCUUCAUCGACGAGUGCUAAGCCUCGAGACUAGGUUACGAAACUGCAUGACCAAGCUGACAUGUGGAAAAUUAAUGAAAAUCACUGGACCUAUUACAAUAAAGACAUCGGGGACAAGAUUUGGAGCAUGGAUGACUGACCCUCUUGCAUCAGAAAGAAAUAAUCGGGUCUGGUAUAUGGACAGUUACACCAACAACAAAGUAGUUCGUGAAUACAAGUCAAUUCGAGACUUUGUAAGCGGGGCCGAAUCACGAACCUACAGCCUCCCAUUCCGAUGGGCAGGCACAAGCCAUGUGGUCUACAAUGGCUCCUUGUACUAUAACAAAUACCAGAGUAACAUCAUCAUCAAAUACAGUUUUGACACCGGGCGGAUCCUUGCACAGCGCUCCGUGGAGUACGCAGGCUUCCACAAUGUCUACCCCUACACGUGGGGAGGAUUCUCCGACAUUGACCUCAUGGCAGAUGAAAUGGGUCUUUGGGCCGUGUAUGCAACCAACCAGAAUGCCGGCAAUAUUGUCAUCAGUCAGCUUAAUGCAGACACACUGGAAGUGUUGAAGAGCUGGAACACUGGAUACCCUAAAAGAAGUGCGGGAGAAUCAUUUAUGAUCUGUGGAACACUCUACGUUACAAACUCCCAUUUAACAGGAGCAAAGGUUUACUACUCAUACUCAACGAAGACUUCAACCUAUGAAUACAUAGACAUUCCCUUCCACAACCAGUACUUUCACAUUUCCAUGCUAGAUUAUAAUGCCAGGGACAGGGCUUUAUAUGCUUGGAACAACGGACACCAAGUCUUGUUUAAUGUAACUCUUUUUCACAUAAUUAAGACAGAGGAUGAUGCCUAAACUUGGAAAUUUCUUUGCACAGUGAAAAAAUGUCAUUUCGUAAACUGGCCAUAUUGUUUCCCUACAGUAUGAAGAGUAUGAUCGUUCUUUGUUAAUACCUUUUGUACGUCUUUCUCUGCUCAUUAUUAGGUUAUAAUUCAGUACCCUAUGCACAAAGUUCAUGGUUUGAAGUUGAAAGAAUUACAUGAAUUUGUUCAUUGCGGUCUUUUUGUUUUUGGAAAACAGUUUCUGCCUUAUUUUUGUGCUGACAACAGAGGUUACCAAAUUUUUGCAUGAAUGUUUCAUUUUUUGCUGUUGUGUUUAUUUUUAUUGUUUCACUCUUGCUCUUUUUUUUCUUUAAGCAGACUGUCAAAAAAUGAACAAGACAGUUUAGGUAUUGACUGUUACAUGAAAGACUGCAGUUAUUUAAGAGUUAUGUUGUAUUCCAUUAUUAAUGUAAAAAUCAUUUUGGUCUAAAGCAUCUUAUUCCAGAUCUGUUGUGUAGACUUUGUGUUAGAAGAAAUUCAGCCACACCAUAAUUAUUGUAUUACUUAAUGCCUCUGUGAGAGUUUAUUCAAUAUUAUUUUUAUAAAUAUAUAGUGACAUUU